AUGAAGAUUGCCAUCAUCAAUGCCGAUUUUGCCAAAGAGAAUCUGGCAAAGUAUGGUGACUUUGCUGAUAUGGCUGUGACUAUGUUAGAACAGACACGAGCUGCAAGGGACGAAGCAGAAUACGUCACUUUCAAUGUUCAUAAAGAUCAUUUUCCUUCACUUGAGCAGCUCCGGAAUUUUGAUGGUAUCUAUAUCACUGGGUCCCAGUUUGAUGCAUUUGACACCAGCACUGGCUGGAUCGUCCGAUUGAGAGAAUUACUUUCAACGGUUUUAACGACAGAAGGGUUUCCACCGGUAGCCGGUGUAUGUUUUGGGCAUCAAAUUGUGGCUUCCAGCUUAGGAUGCACGGUGAACAGAAAUGUCAAAGGGUUUGAGGGUGGGAUUGUCUCCGUUCAGUUAACACCAGAAGCAAAGAAACUCGGUUUGCUCCAGAAACCGGGCGAUAACCCUGUGGAUUCCAUACAGAUUGCAGAGAUCCAUAACGAUAUAGUCUACGAUGUACCAUCGGGAUAUACCAAUCUCGGGUAUUCGUCCAAGUGCGCUAUCCAGGGACUUUAUAGAAAGAAUAAACUAUUCACCUUGCAGGGCCAUCCCGAGUUCGUUACAGACGUUGUGGUGUCAAUUCUUCGAACAAUGGGGACCCGCAAACUACUGGAGGAUGCCGAAGUAAAAAAACUGGAGCAUGAAUCCUUCGCGUCUACCAAUGACGGCUAUAAUGCAGCUGCUUAUUUGUGGAAACUCUUUAAACUCGAGAUAUAG